UCAGCCGAAUCUCCAAGACUGCCAGAGAGUCCUCCGUGUAUCACAGACAGACAUGCUGGACAUCCACAGGAGGCUCUUGGAUCAGCAGCAUGUGGAAGAAGACCAGAGGACACUGUUCCGGUACUUCUGUGAAGCCAUCCUAGUCCUGAGAUACUUCCAGCGACCAGAAGCAGUGAUUGCAUUGACAUUAAGUACUUUUACUUUACAGUCUUACCUCAGUGUCUAUAAAGUCAGUCAAUCACUGUGUUCCUCAUUUGUUUUGCAGGCUUCAGACUGGCUCAACAAGAUAAAUGUUGAUGGACAAAUCCACGUGGGGGUCAGUGAACUGAAAGCAUCAACAUCCACAAAGCAGAGAGCAACAUUUUCCCUCACAGAGGAGGACUCUGUUGUAAUUUCUCUAACAGUCUGAUUAUGAUUGGAAUACCCCAACAGCAAGCUAUUCCUUGCAUGUGUAGCAACCAGGGACAUUGUUGUCUUAACAUGUAUGAAUUACUGUAGCAUCAGAAUCAAUCAUUUCUCAAGUAUCAACUUCCUAUUCGAUCUCCGCAGAUGCUGGACACAUACUUCCAGCAGAUUCGUCCAGGAUGUCUGCAGGACGGCGUGGAUGACCAGGGCAGAUUUUUCCUGUCCAAACAAGGAAAACCAGUUCGCAACGUCACGAGCGACCUCAGGCGUCUGCAUGAACAGUACAACUUACCAAGCUUUUCGAGUCAACAAGCCAUAAGUGCCCAAAGCACUAUGCCAUGCUCUUAUUCUGAUGAGCCUGCCGAUGAGAGGAGACGUCAGAAAAAGAGGAGAGGCAGAGGCGAAGCUGACCAGGAUGACAGGGACUUUGGAGCAUUUCUCCUGCGCUUUCCGGUGACGUUGAGUAGUUCCCCACCCAGCAAACAACAGCGGAUCGCUGCAGGGUUUCCAUCUGACAGGGUAUUUUAUGACAGGUGGAGGGCUCUGCAGUUUGCCAAGCGUGAGGAGCACCUCUUGUCCCAGUGUUCAAGACGGCCCCCGUCUGUCAACAAGGUGUCACGGCAAAUUGAAAGAGAGGGUUGGACCAGCAACUGUCCUCGACCUGAGGACAUAGUGGCAAAAUGGAGACCCGCCAGUAAGGUGCAGGUGGAGAUGGAUCCGUGGAUCCUCACUUCGAUCCAAAACCAAAAGUGGACAGGCUUGGCCUUCAAGGACUUUGGCACGAAAGGACAAGGAGUUGUUGCUACCAAAGCCUUUGCCAAAGGUUCCAUCAUUUGUGAUUACCAUGGCAAGGUAAUCACAGGAGCAGAGGGCCGAAAGAUGAUUGAGUCCAUCCAGGGCGACAUGGGCUACCUUUUCUUUUUUCGGGAUGGUGAACAGGAUCUCUGUGUGGACGCUGAGACUUUCCCUUGCGAGUGUCACCCAACAGAAAACACCAUGGGCCGAAGGAUCAAUCAUUCCUCCAAGAGAGCAAACCUGAUGCCAGUCCACUGCAGGAUCAACUUCCCUGAAGGAAGGAAGUAUGUCAUCCUAUUCAAGGCUAUUAGAGACAUUCGUAUAUGUGAGGAGCUGCUGUUUGAUUACGGCGUCAAGCGCAGCUCUUUUCGAGGAGAAGGUCUGAACCUCGACUGGCUAGAUGAGUGAACACAUCAUUUAAUCUGCUACAUCACAUCAAGGCCAAGACUGUAAAGGAGCCAUGCUGACCACAAACACCACUAGCCAUAUUGACCAAGUUCAUUUCUUAUGUAAAUAGUUGUUGUGUUGUAGUGUUGAUUUGUGUGAAUCGUGUUUGAGUGUUCCUGUUAAAAUUAACGUUCUUUUCGUGUCAAGUUCAAUUGUAGUUAAAUUAUAGGCAAGGCAAGGCAAGGCAAGUUUAUUUGUAUAGCACAUUUCAUACACAGAGGUCAUUCAAAGUGCUUUACAUAGAAAUGAGAAAACAAAAAAUCAUACAUGAAUUUUAAAUAUCAAUUAAAAAAGAAAAUAAAUGUGAUUUUAAUAAAAACUGUUUAAAUGUAUGAAAAAGAAUAAAACAGAAAUACAAGUAUAAAACUGUUAAAAAUAAAAAUAAGAAUAAAAACAAGAGAAAUAAAAACAAUUAAAAUUUAUAUAUUCUAAACUGUUAUGAUGCUUGUGUGUGUGUUUGUGUGAAUAAACCAAGUUUUUGUUCCAAGUUUGGGCUUGUUCUUUAAAUUUCAUCUUUUCUUACAUACGUGUAAAUAAACGUAUGUUUUCUGGCAUAGGCAUCAUAAACUCAAUUUAUGGGGACAAAACAGGUAAUUGCUUUAUUGUAGGUUGAUUUUUUAUUUAAAAAUAUUUCUUGCCGAAAUGGCUCGUCACGUCACAUUAAAUGGCAUGUUAAACCUUACCGAAAUGGCUCGUCACGUCCCGGGACAUCGAAUGGCAUGUUACACCGUGCCGAAAUGGCUCGUCACGUCCCGGAACAUUUGCCGAAAUGGCUCGUCACGUCCCUGAACGUUUAACAGUUGAAAAGGCUGCCCUUCUACUAUUCCUAUUAGAUUAGACUAGGGUCAUAUCAAGAUAAAAU